GAUGUUCAAAAAAAAAGCCGGCCGGCCGGCGCCUUUUUCACUCACCUCCCUUUUAUCUUUUGUCCCUGCCUGCGAGGCAGGCAGCAGUUAGAAAGGCCUGUCGGCGAUAUGGUUAUCGAGAUGGUUUACCGUAGAUCGCAAAGGGCGCAAUUUCGAACUUUUUCUAGAUCCUCUUUUUUACGCUUUUUAAUCACUACGAUAAAACAAGACUCAACUAUGCACAAUGAACUUGCGCCAAAACGCGGAAUCACCCCGCAGCUAGCAAGUACAUACAUAUCCAAUUGAUUCCUAGAAUAAAAAGAGAGCAAGACUUCAAUGUUUUUUUUUUUUUUCAAUUCAUUAGGCAUCUUGUAUCAAUCAAGAAAUACCGUCACCCAGGAACGUUGCAAUAGGCAAGCCGGUCCAGCCCAAACCAAGCUCCGAAGUUGACCGUAGCAAAGUCGCACGAGCCCCAGAUUUCUGUAGUCCAUGUCGUUUGAAGCGCCCGUUUCAUCGAAACGAACCUUCUGCGCGUCGUUGCUCCGCGUUCUCGUUGUGAUUGUCAUCUGGUGCACGAACGGUCACCCCAGAUAUCCUCCACGAAGCUUCGUCUACUUCGAUAGCCGAAACAUUGUGCUAUCGAAGUAGACAAAGACCUCAAGGGUUGGAAUCUGCUUCUGGGUGAGUCGGGUGUUGAGGCACUCUUGCCUUUCUUUAUCGCUGUGAUGCUGGAGUCGUUGAAGAAAGCGUCGAACAUAUAACCGCAAUUGCAACAUGGAGCGCAUCCAAGGCUUUGUCCGAAACGCGAACCCGGCCAUCACGUCUGAUUUUGGGGGAUAAAACGGCCCGCAUGGUGGUGAUAGUGCUUUUGACAUGCGCGGCUUGUGGGAGAUCGUCCAGCCCGUUGAUCCUGCUCCUGUGUAGACGCCAGUGCAGGUCAACCUCAGCCAAUACCGACCGGUAGCACUGAUUUCGAAUCGUAACGAACAGGCAACAGCCCGUGACUUCGAAAUCGACUAUUUGAGAGAACUGUUGGUAAGUCUUUUGGACAGCUUGGAUCGCCACAUCUACUCAGGUCAGAAGCUGACACUCGCUCAAGUAUAUACCUUGCGACACGGUACGCUCGAACUGCCCGAGCUCACGGGCGAAGAAAUCUGAACUCGCUCGCUGCGCUCUCUUACUGGAUUCUUGGCUUUUUCCCUGAAGUAUUUGAUUUCACUUACAAGGACACACAGGGCGCUCUUACUCGCCACCUCGUAUAGAUGCAGCACCUGUAUCCAAUGCCAGAGUGACAUCCAUUCUAUCAUGUCCGACACGUCUACAGUUCCUGAGAGCCUGUCAAAUUGGGCAGCCGAUAAAGUCACGUUCCUACUGUUGCUCUGCUCUUCUAACCACUACCUCACUCUGGCGCCGCCAGAAUCUAGACGAGAAAAUGGCAUCUCUUAAGGCGAAGAAGACGAAUAAGAAGAAGAAGAAGACGGAGUGGGUUAUGCCGACGCUCUCAACUUGUCGCUCUCCUCCAGCCAAAGCUCCGAAUUCUUGCCACGACCUCCACGAUCUUGUCACCAUACGGGUUACACAAGGAUCCCAAAUCAGGGAGUUUCUCGUCAUUCGCCCGUUGCUUCGUUGGCACUCUUCAUACUUUCGUGUAGCGCUUGAUCCAAAUGGGCACUUUAAAGAGAGCGGAGCCAAAGUCGUCGAGGUUGAGGACGAUAUCAACGCUUUCGCGUCUAUGCUAUGCUGGAUCAAUACCGGAUCACUUGAUGAUAUUGCUGUCGAUGCAGCCGAUGUCACCGACGUUAACGAUGGUGGGGACGAAUACAGUGGAGACAACAACGACAACGAAAAUGAGGGUGGUAAUAGUGAGAAAGAUGAAGAAGGACUGAUGUCCUUGCUACUCUACAAGGUUUGGGUCUUGGCCGAUAAGAGAGGUCUGCCAGGUCUUGCAGACGCUACUAUUGACAAGCUCCAUGAAAGACUUGUGUCGAUAUGGUCGCUUGACACGCGCAGUAUUGUUCCUUACACCGUUCGGAACACAAACCCAGAGUCAUGUUUGUGGAAUUUCUUGCAUGACAUGCUUAUGCGUACCAAAAGUUCAGCCGGCAUUGCCUAUCAUGUGGAUGUUCAUCUACACGACUUCGAAUCUUCAUCUUUCCUGAUGAGUAUUCUGAAGCUCAAGCUUGACAGAGAUGGGAAUGAAGAAUGGCAGAAUCUUUCACGUCUUGAAUGGGCGCGUGAAGAUCGAUGCCAGUGGCAUCAACAUUAA